CCUGGAGCGCUAGGCAGGGCUGCGACGGCUCCUGGCUUCUUCCCGGCACCAUGGAAGGGCAGGCACGUGGUUUGUUGGAGACUGAUCCACUGCAUGAACCUGAUGAAGAAACUGUGUCUCAUAUUGACCUCAGUAGUAUGAUAUCGGAAGAAGAAAGAGAAGAGUUGAAGAGUGAACUGGUUAAGCUAGAAGACGAAAUCACAACUUUACGACAAGUGUUAACAGCCAAAGAAAAGCAUCUGGUGGAAAUAAAACAAAAACUCGGCAUGAAUCUGAUGAAUGAGUUGAAACAGAAUUUUAGCAAAGGCUGGCAUGAAAUGCAGACCACGACUGCCUACAAGAAAACACAUGAAACUUUGAGCCAUGCAGGGCAGAAGGCAACUGCAGCUUUCAGCAACGUGGGCACAGCCAUCAGCAAGAAGUUUGGAGACAUGAGAUCCCAUUCCAUUGGUUAUUCUAUCCGCCAUUCCAUAAGUAUGCCUGCUAUGAGGAAUUCUCCUACUUUCAAAUCAUUUGAGGAGAGGGUUGAGACAACUGUCACAAGCCUUAAGACGAAAGUAGGAGGCGCCCCGAGCGGAGGGAAUUUUGAAGAAGUGCUCAGUUCCACAGCCCAUGCGAGCGCUCAGAGUGCCGCAGUAGCCCCUCGGGUUCCUGAGAAAGAAGGGGAGCUGCGGUGCUAAGAGGCCCGGGGGACCAUACUACAGCCCGAAGCUGCCACUCAGCCCAUGCUACGGGUUCUGUCACUUUCUCAUAGCCAGAUGUGAAGGCCAAAAGCCUCUCUAUAGUGUUGUACUUUUGAAAAAAAUCCAUCCAUAUUUGUACUUAAAAAUGAACCGUUUAGUUAUUGUGGAUACAGGAAACAUGCCCUGAAUGUGACGCUCAGAAUGUUCUAAAUUUUUCUAAUUAGCAGACAUGCAACUGGCGACAACACUUCUCUUUCUGCCAUUCCAAGUGCUUUUUUGUCCUGUUGGGUUUGCUUUGCUUUCCUUUAUGUUUGGCUAUCCCAGCACGUGCCUGUGUGUGUCCUUAAAACCCCAUUGCACAACUUUUCUUUUUCAGGCACCGUCCAGUAAACAGUGGAAUUGCUGCUCACACACCCAUUUUCAGCUAUAUGAAGUAUACCAGAUGUCCACCCAGCUACUUGUGUUCUCCCAGACCUGGUAUAGGGUUGUUUAAGGGAUUAGCAAAAUGACUUGGAAAGUAUAAGGCUUUUGAUUUUUAAAUUUUUUUCAAGUAUAAAAUUAUCUUGGAAAUUUUAUUUCCAAGUUUUUUAUUUCCACUUCCAUUCCCGGGCAUGAUAAAAGAUGUACCUCAUUAUGUAUUAUGACUUCAGCUACCUGAGCUGCUUUUAUAGAAUCUGCACUUCUGAAAUCUUCUACACUCUGCUUAUUCAGGUCAAAGGGCAGCUGUUUCACUUCACAAAUUGGCUAUUUUCCAUUGGGGAAAAGAGGAAGUAUAGUUCUAUGACCCCUUGAUCCCAAUAGUAUGAAAUUACUGUAAUAGUAUCAACAUCGGAUUUCCUGGAGUAAAUUAAAUACCAUCCAAUUACUAUCACUGUACACUUUACUUUUGUCCCCUUCUAAUGAAAGUUAAAUGCUUUUCACUAAAAUAACCACCACCUUAAUUUAAGACUGCAGUGUAUUUAAAAUUUCCCAGUUUAGAAAAACUAUAUAAAAACGUAUUAAAGUUUAGUAAUUGAAUUUUUUUGCAUUCAUUGCUAGAGAUAGGUAUAUUAUAUUCUACAAAAUAAAAUCAAUGAUUGUUAAUAUGUUAUAAAAAUCAGGCUGUUUGGGGAACAUAUGUCUCUGUGACUGGUAUUCUGCUGUAAGGAUUUAGGGCCACAGUCCUAGACUAUUCGGAAGUGUCUUGUGUACUGUAGGACACUUCCAAGAGGAAUAUCCACAUUUUCCUUGUUUUAGUUCCUUUCAGCCUGUAGGUUCCUAAGUCCAAGCUUCUUAACUUUUAGUGUUUUCUGUGAAAGGAUAGGAAGAUUUGUGUUUUCAUAUCAAAUCAGUAAAAUGUCAUUAAUUUGACUCUUUAAUUAAUUCAACCAGAGCAGGGCUAGGGUUUAUAUUUACACUAUCAGCAAGACUCCAGAAGUACUUAAUCUGCUUAGGGGAAUGAAUUGUUUGUAAGGACUCUAGCACAUUAAAUAUUCCCAAUUCAUUCAACAUUAAUUAAGCACCUUAGCUGUUGCAAGCCACUAUACUAACUGCUGAGGAAUUUGCAAUCUAUGGAUGAUACUAAUUAAAAUCCACUAUUAAUUCCUUAAAAUAGGAUCAUUCCUCAGCUACAUGGUUAGCAGUUACUCUAAAUCUCAUUAUUUAUUUCAGUAAUAAAGGACCAUUUUUUCUUAAACACUCCAUAAUGCAGAGUUUUCACUGGACACCCCUCCCAAUUAGUGAGGCUUUCUAUACUAAGUGGCAUAUGGUUCUUUGCCUAACCUUUUAGCUCCCCAAAUUGUAUUUACAUUUUGGUAACAAUUUAGCUUAAAAAAAAAAAUCAGACCAGUUGCUUAUCAGAUUGUAGGUUUCAUGUCCUUACUACCUGGUCUCUCAAGGCCUGCCUUCUUUUCUGAACCUCAUCUGCAUGUCUCCUGUUGGGUUCUUCACUCUGUACAUCUGAACACAGGUUUUCCUGAAACACAUAUACAUAAAAUGCCUUUUUCAUAUACUUGUUAGAAUGUUAUACAAAAAAAUUAAGUUAUCCUUUUGAAAAUAUGAAAAGCUAACGUACACAAACCUCCCAUUCACUAAAAAUCAAAAUUACAAUUCAGUACUUUGUAUACAAAGUGAUACCCUUUCAAAUAGCUUCAGAUGAGUAAACCUUAAACACGCACUGCAGCAGCAGACACCUAACCAAUUUUUAAAGACAACUCUUGCAAUGGAAAAUAUUAGUCAUAAAGUUACAUAGCAUAUGCCCCAUCAAAGUUAUUAGUUUUGCUAGGUUAUGCCAGCAAAGCAGUUGGCAUUGAAACUGAAUUGUGUGUCUCCCUAUCAAGGUGGUCCAGAAUCACAUAAUGUGUAAUGACCUGCACACUUUAUUAGAGGCAUUCUGAAAUACUACACUGUUCACAACAGUUAAAAUCGAAAGAGUACACGUGGCCUAAGAUGCUUUUUUUCUUUACUCUUUGUAGUUUCAAAACUGUCAACUGAAAGUUUUUAAAUCCAUUUGCGCUAAGGUGAAUAUGGCAAACUGUAAGUCACAUAAAUACCUUCAUCCUUUGGAGAAUUGGAGUCUGAGGAUGAUAAUGGUGAGAGGAAAGUGGUGGUGGAGAUCUUGUGAUUAGUUUUAUGUAAAAUCAUUUCUGCCAAACUAAGUGUUCAAUUAAAAUUUCUAAACUCUUAAUAAAAAUGUCAAUCAGAAUUUUCA